UGUCAUCACUUCCGUAAAACGAGAACUUGUGUUUAUUCUUUGUACCAAUUUAGCUUCUGCUAGCUGAAAGCGCUACACAUUAAAACCAACAGCACGCUAACCAUUUGGUUGCAGUUUGUGUACAGGCAGCGGCUUCAGCAAUGGCCUGUUUCGGCUAGCUAAUGCGACUGAGACACCUUUCUCGCUUUAAAGUUAAGGCUUCGCUGCCACUUUGUUGUUGUUUUUUGGUUUGUUUUUUAACAAUGCUGAGCAGCGUCGCUCUGCGCGCUCAGAUUGCCUCCAUAAUCGAUGCCCUGUCCAAAGCAGCCGUGGCAGAAAUCGCCAAAGUUGUGGAGGAUGGCGUGGUGGAGUUGCGGCUGGAAAUGUGUCAGCGUGAAAAUGAUAUCAAGAAGCUGAAGGGCAACAUUGAGGUUCUGCACGACGAGCUGAGAUCACUGCAGGAGAGAGUGACCCUGCGACCUGACAGCCAUGGCAGAGAUGAUAGUCAGAAUGAUGUUGGUGAUGAGAGGAGCUUGCUUGAACAGGGGCCCGCUGAUAAGGACCCAAACAGCCUGUCCAUACCUGAGGUGCAGGUAAAAUGUGAACCUGUGGAGGAAGGAAGUGAAGAAGCCAGAGAAGAAGAACUGGGCUCGUAUGACAGGGACAGCACGCAGUGGAGGCUGACAACGCAAACUCCGGCAGGACGCAAUAACUCCGACUAUUUAAACCUAGGACAGAACCCCGUGUCGUGUCUCCCUGAAUCUUCUCUGGACACGGGACUGGCCGCGCCCUGCAGCAGCUCCUCUGGGUGUCAGCAGAGCGCGUUCGGCCGCGGGUUGCUGGGUUACAGUCCGUACCGUAACUCGUACAACAUCGCGCGGAGGAGGACGGUGAAGAGGUUAAUGUUUAAGAAAGGCUUCAUCUGUCCAUACUGCGGUAAAUGUUUUGAGCGAGCCGGGCACCUGGAGAGGCACAAAAGGAUACACACUGGCGAAAAACCUUACCGCUGCGAGAUAUGCGGGAGACGCUUCAAUCAGAAAUGCAGCCUAAAGGAGCACAUGAAGAUACACAGAAGAUGUAUUGAGCCCAGUCCACUUGAGAUCAAAGUGGGCAAAGAGAAACAGACUCCCGAGGGGAAUCCAUGUGCCGAUACUCCUCGCACCGAAGAAGAGAGCCAGGGGGAAGCUGAGGACGGCCUACCUAAGAACGAGGAUAUUCUCGCAACGCCCGUACACGUCAAAUCUGAGCCUGCAGAGGAGAACCUAUUACAACCAGCGUUUCACGGAGGAACCGAGGAGACAGGGGACAACCUCAGUGAGAACUUCCCAACAUUUGAGAGAGACAGCCAGCAGUGGAUGACCAGAUUACACGGGCAAAACCAUGCGGAGAUCAGCGGCGAAGUGUAUCUGGGCAGCUCGGCCUUCCCGGGGAAAGCUCAGUUACUGCCGCCGCCAGUCGAAGCUUCUUGUAGCACGUUCUCCUUUCCAGGGAAACCGUACAGGGAGCUCAAAAACAGCAUGGUCUCCCAAACGCCGUACGGAUCCCCAGACGCGCUUCUAUCAAGCGAGGCGGGCUUGCACGGAAUGGCGGCAGCCACGCUGAGUCACCACAGACAGAGAGGAACCAGGUCGAUUCAGAUGAUCAAACCAAAGAAAAGCUUUGUCUGCCAGUACUGCGGCAAGGUCUUUGAGCGUGUCGGCCACCUCGAAAGACACUUACGAAUUCAUACCGGGGAGAAGCCGUACGGUUGCCAUAUCUGCGGGAGGUGCUUCAAUCAGAAGAGUAGCCUCAAGGGCCACAUGAAGACGCACAGGAAUGGGGAAAACGCAGACGUGCUGGAGGCCCAUCACCUGAUGUUUACGAUGCCUGAUAGCCAGCCGUUGAAGAACCUGGCAGAAGCCAAGACCGGACUGUCAGCUUUAGAGGAACAGUUCCUGGGCACCGCUUACGGCGAGGCAGCUGGUGAGCAAACCGUGACGGUUAAGCUGGAGCCAAACGGGGAGGAUUUCCAAACUCUACUGACUGAUAAUGGCACCGCAGUGCCCGACCACAGGCAGCUGUGGACAUCUGGGAUAGAGAAGAGUAGUGAUCCUGACCAAACGGUCUGCGUGCUUUUACAUGAUGCCAAGUAUCACCUCAGUCCUGCUGCUGGAGCAGCCAACGGGCAGCAGGGAUUCACAUCGCCGAUAAGGGAUCUGCCUUUUCUAGAUGACAAAGAAAAGGAAGAAACGAUGCACAAUAAUCAGUAUUCUAUGAUGGGUAUGCAAUCCAGAAGCUCUGAUAUGACUCUGGCACCUGAGCUGCAAGAUCAACAUAUUGCACCAGAGGCGGCUGUGAAUGAGUACACAGCACUGAGCGAUAGGACUCGCGAGGGAGGUGUGUUUGAAUUUAAUAUGAGCGCCUCAGGCAACCAGGCGGACAACUGUGACGGGGACGCCGCCAGGCAAAAUGGCUUUAUAUGCUCAAGUUGUGGGCAAAGCUUUGACAGUUUUAAUUUAUUUCAGAGGCACCAGUGUAAAAAUAUCAUAGAGCAAUCCUUCAGCUGUGAGAUAUGUGGUAAGAUUUUCAAUCAGAUGAGCAUCCUGAAAUUGCACCUCAAACUUCAUGCAUGAUAUACACAACAAAAGGAGAACUACGCGAUUCUCCACCAAGCUUCAUCACAUUCAGUUGUAACACAUGGCAAAGUGCACACGGUCGACAAGCCAAUGUGACAUCUAAAUAAAUGCUCGGCAUGUCCCAAAAGUAAAAGCAGAAGA